UUGUAUGAUAUACAUUGUGCAUUAACAGUGUGGUUAUAUUAAAGUGAAUGGAAAUGAACAUUUUGUGUUGAUUAGCUAAGUUUGAACAAUGCCAUACAAUAGAUUGUGAUAGCCUAUUAGUGUAUUGAAAGAAACCAAAUUAUUUUAUUAUAAACAAGAUUGAUUCUAAGCUGAAAGUUGGCAACAGUGAUAUAAAAUAUCAAGGAUCUGAAACGGUUUGAAACUUAAUGAAAUAUAUGCCAAUAUAUUGAGCUAAAAAUUACUUCUAAUCUAGCCUUCAGUUUAAAACUGUUACUUAAUGAACUGCAAUUGACUUAUGUAAACCCUGAGGAAAAAGAGCUAUGGCAUUGAGGUUAAUUUUAAGUAAUAGACUUCAGAGUUUUACCUCGAAAAGAAUGUACCAGCCUUUUCUACACAUGAGAAGUUUGGUUAAAUGCAACACCUCAUUGUAUCAGUCAGAUCUGUGGAUGAGUUAUUCUACCUUACAACAUUACUGGGUUGGAAGUUACAAACUCGUAAAUUCCAACACUUUGACUGGCAACCAAUCUGUCCGUCACUAUGCCAAAUCAAGGGACAAGAAAAAAAGUGAUAAAGGUCACAAGAAGAAAGUUCAAAUUAAUAAAGAAUUACUUGCCGAGGUAAUCAAUGUUUCGGCCAUGCAAGAACAAAUGCUAGGUGCAAUUGAGAAGCUAAAAAAUGAUUUUGUCAAAAACUUGUCAUUAAGGUCAACAUCAGGUUCUAUUGAAACACUUCCAAUAACAUUUGAGGGCAAAGAUUACAUUCUGCAGGAUCUCGCCCAAGUUGUGCGCAAGAACCCAAAAACUGUGGUUAUCAACAUGGCCGCUUUUCCCCAAGCCAUCCCCACUGUGGUUCAGGCCAUCAGCAAGUCCGGGAUGAAUUUAAACCCACAACAAGAUGGUACUUCACUUUUUAUUCCAAUUCCAAAAGUUACUAAAGAACACAGAGAAUCUUUAUCCAAAAAUGCCAAAGCAUUAUUCAUAAAAUGCCGGGAUGGUAUAAAAGAUUCACAGAACAAAUUCAUAAAAGCUGUAAAAAUCAAAGAGAAAGAUGGUCUUUCCCAGGAUACAGCCAAUGAGAUCACGAAUUACAUUACACAAGUGGCGACAGACCAUAUCUCCACAGCAGAGAAAAUGUUAGAAGCAAAGCAACAAGAGUUGUUAAAUGAGGCAUAGCCUUAACAAAAGACUGUUGUCAUCAAGAAACUUUAGGUGUACAUGUCAAUAAACUUUAUUUAUAAUUGA